AUUUGAUACAUCACUCAUGCUUUGUGAAGCAAAAGCAGACAAUCUCCUCUUUGGAUUUUUGUGGCUUACAGGCUUCACAAUAAAUUUCUCAAUUUUUUGUGUACUCAAAAAACAGAAAAAAAUUGGCAAUCAUGAUCUUAAAUGGAGCUUUGCCAUAUCGUCUGGUUAUAGUGGGGACAAUCGCAUGUCUUGCGAUCAUGUUCUGGUUCUCAUUUCUCAACAACUGCACACCAGCUCAACAUCCUCAACACUCAGAAAAACUCCACAAACCUGUGGAUGCCUCUGCGAAACCUGAUAUAGUAAAGGAAGAGAAACCGAUACUGUUGUUAUGGUUCUGGCCUGAAAACUUCCUUUUUAACCUGAGCGAUUGUCAAACAAUUUUCAAUAUUGACAGUUGUUUUUUGACAGCCAACAGAUCUCUUUACAGCAACGCAGACGCUGUCCUCAUCUAUCACAAAUCUAUUAAAGGGGACCUGUCCAACCUUCCACCAUCUCCUCGUCCCCCGUUCCAGAAGUGGAUAUGGUUUAAUCUCGAAUCACCAUAUCACACCGCAAGAAAACCAGGCAUUGAAAACUUGUUCAACCACACACUUAGCUACAGACAGGACGCUGAUAUUUUUACAAGGUUGCACUUAACUGUCAGAAAAACUCCAGAUGAAAAUUUUAAAAUUCCCAAGAAGGAUAAACUGGUCUGUUGGAUUGUAAGUAACGAAGGGGCCGGAACGAGGAACGCUUAUUACUAUGAACUUAAGAAGCAUGUCAACGUACAUGUCUACGGGAAGUUUAAUGGAACGCGCCUGGACCCCAAGGCCUACUAUUCCACCAUAGCCAGCUGCAAAUUUUAUCUCUCUUUUGAAAACUCCAUUUACAAGGACUACAUCACUGAAAAGAUAAAUGGACCCCUAUCAGUAGGUACUAUACCUGUGGUGCUGGGACCUCCCAGAAAAAACUAUGAAAACUUUAUACCCGGUGAUGCUUUCAUUCAUGUGAACGACUUCCCAGAUGCAAAGUCACUAGCAGAAUAUCUCAUGCGUCUGGACCUGGACGAAGUCGCAUAUCGCAGGUACUUUAACUGGAGGAGACAUUUCUCAGCACAACCUCAUUUAGUAAAGCCACAAGCGUUUGAUCUGCCCAUCUGCACGGCCUGUGAAUAUAUAGCAACACACAAAUACUACAAAGAAGUUCACGAUCUCUAUAAAUGGUACGACCAUUAAUUCAAUCAUUUUAUAUUGUGGACUUUUAUGGUGAAGGAUUUUGUUUGACUGCACAAAAAGUAACAUAACUAGCAGCGUGGAGCUUGUUUUGUAAGAUAUUAUCAAAACGUGGCAAUCCUUCUCUACUACUGAACAACAACAUAAAAGUUAAUAUAGCUUGUUGCUUACUGAGCCUACAUACGCAUUGAUUAAACAAAUUAUCUAAUUAUGUGUUCGGCGUGUCGAGUGAUCCUGUGUGCAUCACAUGUCUUGUCAAAAUAUAUGCCUGCUGCAGACGGUCUAAAGGGUUUAUGAUAAAAGAGAUGCUCGCAUUUGACAUAUACUCGCAUAAUCUCAUGCGUAAUCAGAGUUUAGUGUUAAGGAAGUGUCUUGCAUGUAUUUUGUGGAUGUGAGCGCCUCUUUUAUCAUAAACGGUUUUGAGGCGUGUGCAGCAGGCAUUUAUUUUGACAAAACACGUGAUGCACAUGGUUCACAUGACGCAACAAACACAUAUUUUGAAACAACACAUCCUCAUCCCAUGGCGUCAAUAUUUGACGCCACUUGACCAUGCGUCAACAGUUGACGCGGAGGGUAUACCUUUCGCGUCAUUUUUUGACGAACUGGGGACUUCAAUACUAUUAGGUACGCGAAAUUAAACAGUUGUCACCUGGCGUUGGGGUUAGGGUUAGGUUUGGGUAGGGAUGUCAUUAUGUAAAUCUAACCCUAAACCGACGCGAAAAUGGUAAGAAAAUAGGAAAGAGAAUGCAACGGACUUAAUAGUAUUGAAGUCCCCAGUUCGUCAAAAAAUGUUCGUAUGGUCAAGUGGCGUCAAAUAUUGACGCCAUGGGGUGAGACUGGAACACACAUGACACUCCGAAUACAUAUUUUGAAUUUGCGCCCCUCGGAAGAGCAGUCACGAGCCGCCACUGUAAAGACAUUGAUGUUGAAAAUCAACUAACCCUGGGAUUUUUUCUUUCUGUGUAUAGUGGUUAAGGUAUUAAGCCUAUUUACUGUCAAAUUGUAAUUCAUUAUGAUUUAGGAUGCUUCAAUAUUUGAUCAAUGUUUAGAAUAAAAUCGGUUACAGUGAGAGUAAUUUCACUUAUUAAUAUUAUUAAUAAAAUACAAAUACUUGUCCUCAUUCUUUACUUUUAACUGUGUGUUGAUUACAA